GCAGGAAAGUUUGAAUAUCGUGUAACUAAAGAAAGUUUGAUGGACCGAUUAGCCACUGAUACUCAUGCAUCAUGUCUUUUGAUUGAUCAAAAUUGCAGGGUGUUGACAAUUCAUGGAACCAUGGAUAAAAUUGUACCAGCCAAAGAUGCCCUGGAAUUUGCCAGGUUUAUUCGAAAUCAAAAACUGCAGUUAAUUGAAGGAGCUGAUCAUGAGUAUACUUCACACCAAGAUGAGUUAGCUACAGUUGUGCUUGAUUUUAUAAGGGCAGUUCGUGAAGACAAGAACAUACCCCAACACUUACAAUCAUGCAAAAGAGGGCUUGAUUUUAUCAAGUCACGUAUCUGAGAAAUAGUGAAUAACAUACAUGUUCCUGACAGAAGAAAAUAUAUCCUGGAGAUUUUUGCCCAGCUGAUGUAAAAGCUACCGUCCCGCUUGAAUUUUGAAGCUUGAGAUUUUGCUGCAUUCCCUAUGGCCUUCUUCUUUGUGGGAUCCAGGAAGUUAAGCUUAUAGAUUGUUUUGUAGAUUAACUGAUUUGUAGGUUAUUGUAAAAGUUAACUCUGUUACUGCAAUGGAAAAGCCAUGAAGCUAUAAUUUUA